AUGACGCCUCGAGACGAGUGCCAAGCCGAGCCUCCUGCGAAGAGGCACAAGGUGUGGGUCCAGUUAAUGGACGAGAGGACCCACGACGUGUUCGCAGAUACCAGUCUUCAGUUGGUGACCUUGCCUGACGACGACGACAUCAUCGUCGUUGUCGCCGAAGCGACCCACGCUCUGUACGACGAGAAACACCCGGAAGGAAGAAACUACCUCAGCCACCACGGCAAGUCCAAAGACAAGCCGCUGGUCGUGGAAGUGCCGGAACAACGAGUCAGCGUGGCGUUAGGCCAAGCCAAUGAUUCCAGGGAGAUGAACGACCUGAUCGAGUAUUCUCGCGGAAAUCUUAGCGGAGUGCCUUCCGACUUCCGAACUAUCCGAUCGGCCACUGUCAAGAAAUUUUACGAUCUGCUGUUCCCCGAAGACGGCAAGUACCUGCCGCUGCUGUUCAUCAGUGCGCCACCCAUGUCUGGCAAGACGGCCAUGCUGCACCUCCUCAAAAACUACAUCCUGCGGUCCAAGCCCGAUGCGAUGGUCUCGUUCAUUCAGGCGGAUAAAAUGCAGCCGGGGGAACGAGUCGUGGAGUGUUUCGAGCGUGUGUACAAGCGGCAACUGGAGCGGUUUAGCGAGAAUGACUACGAGAAGGUGAUACUCAUCGAUGGGGCCGAGCUCACCUUCGACGACUACCAGCUGUGGGUUGGCUAUGUGAAGGACGUGCUGGACUGGCAGCCAGACCUCCGCUUCGUGAUGUUCUGCUCGUAUGGGAAUUGUGAAACCUUUCCUAUGAGCAGUCGCUGGGGUGAACAGAUCAGUAUCCCCCCUCACUGCCUCUUUGGUCUGGAAGGCUCGCCAUCAAGACCAGGUCUGAGGCUUUCGCAGGCCGAACUGGAUGAAAUGGUGAGUGCGAGCAGCGUCGCGCAACUGGCGCGCAACUUCGUCUGGGACUUAAGUUCUGGUCAUGUUGGAAUUGCUCACGCCAUGCUGAGGUUUUUACACGACGAGUUUGAAGCAAAACCCGUGUCAGUGACCGAAAUUGAGCUCGCUCUUCGGUCAGCCAAGCUCUUUGAGUACAUUUGGCACACGUGUCGAGGAAUACCGACCGUCCAAGCUGUAAACGACAUGAUUGUCGCGAAGAAGCUGGAGGGUGAAGAUGUAUACUUUAUCUUGGAAGAGGUCGCCUUUGGCAAGGCGGUGUCGUCGUCGGAAAGAGGGCUAUUGCCUCAGUCCCGCGAGACGCUGAAGGGUCUGGUUCAGUAUGGAUUUCUUUAUGCGGACCAGAACGAGCAGCUCCAGUUUGCGUCGAACAUGCACCUGAAGAUUUGGCUGUACUCAAGCCAACCGAUGCCGACUCCGCCGUUAGUGUUGGAUCUUACUACGCAGACUGGUUUCGUACGAGCAUGUGUGAGACGAAUGCGCUCCUCGCGUCUCCAGUGGGCGUCGAAGGAGGCUCCCGUGUUUCAGGAGAGACAACUCCAAAUGGAGCUGUAUCGAGCGAUAGUAUCGUGCGUGCCGGAGGGAAAAGCCGUUGUCAGUCCGGAACGCAGCAUGACUGACGGAAAAAGGCACAUGAGCGUGGUGGUUUGUGCCGCGGGCGUUAUUUGGUACUGGGAGCUACUUUGUUGCGAGGAUGAGCGCAUUCAAGGUGACCAGGAGGCAAAAGGUUCCAAGUAUGCGCUGGUUGACUUUCGUCCAAACCGAAGUGUGGGCCUAGCGCAACCUCACGCUUGGUAUGUGUCCUUUGAUGACUCUUUCAAGGUGGCACAGUGUGUGGGGCCUGAUAGUGAGGAGAAUGUAAUUGAGCUCGCGUGA